AACUUCAGUUGGCGUACAAUGGCUGAGAAAGACGUUCCAGAUCCCGUGACCGGGUUGACUUCCAAAGAUAUAGCUUUGAUCAAGAAUUCAUGGGCCGGACCAAGGCAGAAACCCACGGAUAGUGGCAUAGCACUUUUUAAUGUAUUUUUCAAGAACCAUCCGGAGUAUCAAGAAGCGUUCCCCUUCAGAGGUAUUCCUAUAGCAGAUUUGCCCAAAAACAAGAGAUUCUUGGCUCACGCCAAUGGCGUAAUUUAUGGAUUUUCUUCAAUAGUAGAUGCUGUGGAUGAUCCAGAGAUGCUAGUUCCGAUCCUGUCCAGAAUUGGAGAAUCUCACGCACCAAGACGUAUCGACGAAAAGUCUUUCCAAGAUUUGAAAGAAUCUGUGUUGGAACUAUUCUCCUCCCUCUUUAAUGACGAGGAAGUAGCAGCCUGGAAAAAGGCUCUAGACGUAGCUUUUCCAGUACUCGCGCAAGGAUUUAGAGAAAACCGCAAGAAGUAGAAGGGAAAGCAUCGUAGACGUAUAUUUUUUAAUUUUAAUGUUUUGUUAUAUUUUUAAUAAUUUCCUAAAGAAUUGAUGUGAUUUUAUUAAGUAAAAGUUUGAACACUAUUAGGUAAUUGUGUAUGUUGCAGCAAAAUCUAAAACUAAUAAACAGUGUUUGUUGUGUGUUUCA